AUGGUGGGGCUGGAGGAGGCAGAGGAGCACCUGGGUACGUACCUGGAGAGGGUAGCCACCCAGGGUGAGGCCAACACCAAGCCGGAGCUGCAGUUCAGGGAGCGGGGGCUCAGCCACGUCAAGAUCGACAGCAGGGACAUCAGCACCCAUCGACGAGUUCCGCUCCAAGGUUUGAGAGUGAGUUUGACCUGCGCCAGUCUGUGGAGGCUGACAUCGUGGGGGCUGAAGAGGAUGCUGGGGGUGAUGUCCCUGGCCAGGAGCGACCUGGAGAUGCAGCUGGAGGACCUGAAGGAGGAGGUGGUUUACCUCAAGAAGAACCAUAAGAAGAAGACCAUGUGGUUCCGUGACCCGAUGAGUGGUCAGGUGCAGGUGGAGGUGGACGCGGCCCUGGCCCAAGACUUGUACACUGUCAUCACUGAGAUCAGAGAGCAGUACCAGGGCUUGGUGUCAAAGAGCCGUAGAGAGACCGGGGCCUGGUUCAAGAACAAGGUUGAAGUGGUGCAGCAGGAGGUGAGCUCCAGUACUGAGGUCCUGCAGACCACCAGUGUAGAGCUGAAGAGCGGCCAGUCCACCGCCAGAGACCUGGAACUGGAGCUGCAGUGUCCCCUCUCCGUGGUAAAGUGGCAUUCCCAACACAACCGAUGCUCUACGGAGGGGAACCUUGCGGAGAUGGAAGCUUGCUACGGAGCUAUAAUGAUGAGUCUACAGGCGUCAGUGACAGAUCUGGAGAGCCGGCUGACCCAGAUCAGGGCAGACACAGAGCGCAGCUCCCAGGAGUACCAGGCCCGGCUGGACAUCAAGACCGCAGGCUGCUGA